UCAUAUACUAGAAGAAGGAAAUCGAGUUUAUGAAGAAUCAGCAAAAUUGCUGAAGUUAAAGAGAUCACAGAAGAGUGAAAUCCUUAAAAAAAUGGCAGAAACAAUCUACAGUUUUAAAGCAUACGCACAUAAAAAGGAAGUGGCAAUGGCUGCUCAAGCUUUGAUUAGAGCUCAUCCAUGUCUCAGAAUGACAACUGGUGAAGACGGGGCAUUGGGAUGGAAACGCCACAUGGGGUACAAGCUUGCAUCUUACCGUAACAAUCUAGCCAAAGCUGGGGUUGCAGAAGUAGCCAUCAACACAGGGAGGCGGAGCCGAAACAACCCCAACAAUGAUCACCCCCAUCAAAACAUAAAGAAAGCUCGAAAAGCUGAGGUCAACUACAUCACCAACCUACCGAAGGAUCAAACCCCAGCCACUCUGGAAAAAAUGAGAGAACAGAUCAUGCAUGAAGUCGAAAAGACUGAGAGAAACUACUUAGUCAUAGGCAAGCUCAUGGACACAACCUAUGCCCUAUGUCGCCAAGAAAUUGUUGGAGCUGUUGGAGCUCCACGAGUGAGAGACGUCGUAGACAGAUGGCCAGCCCUACUUAUGGAGUCACAGGUGGUUGCAGAGUUCCACCGAAUCAAGAAUGUUAACCUGCGCACUCAAUUCUACAAGGAGCUGGACAGACACACGCCUAGACUCAUCACUUUGUUCCGAGACAAUGCCAUCAAGACUGGCAAGAUUGCAGAGGAGCUAGCAAAGCUCAUGAGAAUUUAUGACAUUCAGGAACAGCGUGAUGUAAAUACAAGACGGGCCCUCGUCCUUCGUGCACUUCCUGUGUACCUGCGUGAAGAUGCCUCCACGUUAUUCAGGACUUGUGAUUCAGCAGAUGGUCCAGACCUCACUGUCACUCCUGUGGCUCUGCUGACAGUUGUCACGGAUGACACUACUGAUUCGGCCCUCUUCAGUCCCGAAAGCAUCUGCAUUGUCGUUGAGGAUGAAAUACUUGUGAAUGGUCCCACAAAUCUGGCUGACUCAUUUCUCCUGCUCUUUGGGUACAUCUAUGCACUAGACCUACAAUACCCAAAGAAACUUGAGCUUACAUUCACAUUUAUCCAGAAGGUUGUGAUGUGCCUUGAGGACAACAAACCACUGAAAGGGCGUCUACUGACGCUGAAGAAUGAUUUGUUCAAUGAGUGAAUCACUCAGAAUGGACUACUUGUUGAGCUGAGUAUUGAGGAAGCUUUUUUUUUCCUAAUCGUUUGCCUCUUCUACUUCAAAUUUAAAGUGAAUGACUGCUCAUUUCGUGGACUAUUCAUGUUUAACGUUCUGUUGCCUAAUACCUUAAUGCACUACCUGAUGUUUGUUCCCAGUUAUGUACAGUUGUAUAAACCAGUACAAAUCUGGAUGCUUCAUUUCGCCUGCUUUUUGGGUAACUCUGUGCACUAGACCUACAAUACGCAGACUCUCGAGCUUUUAUUCACAUGUAUCCAGAAGGUUGUGAUGUGCCUUGAAUACAACAAACCACUGUUAGGUUGCUUACUGAUGCAGAAGAAUUUGUUCAAGUGAAUCACUCGGAAUAGACAACUCGUUAAGCUGAGUAUUGAAGGUUUUUCUUGUUUUGUUUUAUUUUAUUUAUACCAUUUUUUUAACCAUUUUUUACCAUUUGCCUCUUCUACCUCAUAUUUAAGAUGAAUGACUGUUCAGUUCAUGCUCUAUUCAUGUUUAAUGUUCUGUUGCCUAAUACCUUAAUGCACUGCCUUGAUGUUUGUUACCUAUGAAGUACAGCAGUGGAAACCAGUACUGUUUAUUUUAUGUAUUUUUAAAAUAAGUGAGCUGCAGCUGUCAAGGUACAGUAAGUGUUAAAUGCCUCAAUGUUCUAAUAGCUGCAAUUGCUGGUAAUACUGAAAAUGUUAUUUAAUUUUAGAAUUGAGAUGGAGACCCUGGGAGUCUUUUUCUUUUGUUUUAUUUAUGAAGCACUUUUUUAUGAGUGAGCUCGGUUAUCUGUGCCUUUUUAAAAGCACAUUGUGUUUAAUAAAAAAAGUUGUUAAAUUGUUAGUGUUGUUACUUUCAUGUUUUCUAACACUUUUAGCUGAUUAUAAUUUACUGGGCAAACAGUUUAGAAUUAUUCGUAAAUGUAUUUCCCACAGUAUUUUAAAAAUAUUUAUUAGAUUUUAAGUGUUAUUUCCCAUAUUAUAAGUUAGAAAAUAUGAAAAAGUUUGAGUUUAUUUCCCACAUCGUAUGAGUUGCAAUAUGUAAAAUAUUUUGAGUGUAUUUUCCACCUUAA